AUGGCUCCUUUGAAACGGGACAUCGCUGUGACCGUCGGUUACCCGAGAGUGCCUGCGAGCAUGAGAGUCACGACACUGAAAAAGCCCCCCAGAGCCGCAGCGAGCCCCCAGCCCCUCCUGGAGCACCAAGACUGGGAGGCUGGAGGGAAGCAAGAGUCACCCACCUUGUCUUACAAUCAACCGAGACUCCAGCUGGCUGGAUUCGCCUCGUGUCCAGGAGCAAAAGAGAAGGAAAUCGCCUCUGUCACCGCCACUGGCAAGACCGAGGAGAGUCUGGCACCUCAGAAAACGAAACCUUUGCCAUCUAAAGUCAAGCACCCGGAACCGGAGGACACUGAAGUCGUGAGGGGCUGUGAUGUCCAAGCGAACUGCAGCGCUACCCCAUACAUCGAGGUGUGGGGCUGGCAUCUUACAGCCGCGGCUGCUGUCUGGAUCGGGCCCCUCAUUGCCGACAACAUCCUAAACCUCAGUGGGGCUCAGGCAGCAGCUACGUCUGCACACGCCGUGCUCCUGCGCGGCUGUGGGCACUCCCACCCAGCGCAGCCCCCCGUGACCGUGUCCCGGUCCACGGGCUAUUUCGAGCUGCAGCUUAACUCGGUGCGGAAUGUAAACGGCGAGUUGUUCAAUGGGGAAUGCUGCGAUGGCAUGAAAAGCCCCCAGAACCUGGACUGUACCCGGGACGAGUGCGACACUUACGUGAAAGUCUGCCUCAAGGAAUAUCAGGCCAAGAUCACGCCGGUCGGACCCUGCAACUACGGAUUCGGAUCUACCCCCGUUCUCGGUGGAAAUAUUUUCUAUUUGAACAGCAACAAAUACUCCCAUCAAGGCAGAACCCCCGAGACGGGCAGGAUUGUUAUUCCCUUUCAGUUUGCGUGGCCGAGAUCGUUCACAUUAAUAAUAGAAGCAUGGGAUUGGGAUAAUGAUACAAAAGGUGGUGAAGACUUGUUAAUAGAACGAGUGGCACAUGCUGGCAUGAUCAACCCGGAAGAUCGAUGGAAGACACUACAAUUUAAUGGUCCUGUUGCCCAUUUUGAAGUACAAAUAAGAGUGAAGUGUGAUGAAAAUUACUACAGUGCUCUGUGCAAUAAAUUUUGUGGUCCUCGAGAUGACUUUGUUGGUCACUACACGUGUGAUCAAAAUGGAAACAAAGCCUGCAUGGAAGGUUGGAUGGGAGAAGAAUGUAAACAAGCUGUAUGUAAACAAGGAUGUAACUUGCUCCAUGGUGGUUGCAGUACACCUGGGGAAUGCAAGUGUCAUUAUGGUUGGCAAGGACAGUUCUGUGAUGAGUGUGUCCGCUACCCAGGCUGUGCUCAUGGGAGCUGUAAUGAACCAUGGCAGUGUAAUUGUGAAACCAACUGGGGUGGCCUGCUCUGUAACAAAGAUCUGAAUUACUGUGGAAAUCACCAUCCCUGCCUGAACGGUGGAACCUGUAUGAAUACUGAACCAGAUGAAUAUCGCUGUGCUUGCCCAGAUGGCUACUCUGGAAAGAACUGCGAAAUUGCGGAGCAUGCUUGUGUAUCUAAUCCCUGUGCUAAUGGUGGAAUUUGUCAUGAAAUUUCGUCAGGCUUCAAGUGUCACUGCCCAUCAGGGUGGAGUGGACCAACAUGUGCCAUUGAUAUUGAUGAAUGCGCAUCUAACCCUUGUGCUCAAGGAGGGACCUGUAUUGAUGGCGUUAAUGCAUUUGAGUGUAUAUGUCCACAACAGUGGAUUGGAGCAACAUGUCAGCUCGAUGCUAAUGAGUGUGAGGGGAAACCCUGUGUUAAUGCUUACUCUUGCAAAAAUCUCAUUGGUGGAUAUUACUGUGACUGCAUUCCAGGAUGGACAGGAGUAAAUUGUCAUAUCAAUAUUAAUGACUGUCAUGGACAAUGUCAACAUGGAGGGACUUGUAAGGAUGAAGUGAAUGGUUACCAUUGCUUAUGCCCUCGUGGUUUCACAGGAAAAAACUGUGAGACAGAAACAAAUGAGUGUGAAAGCAAUCCAUGCCAAAAUGGAGGCCGCUGCAAAGACCUGGUGAAUGGAUUCAGUUGCCUGUGUUCACAGGGCUUCUCAGGAGUCUUCUGUGAGAUGGAUAUUGAUUUCUGUGAACCUAACCCUUGCCAGAACGGGGCUAAGUGCUAUGAUCUAGGAGGAGACUAUUACUGUGCCUGCCCUGAUGACUAUGAUGGAAAGAAUUGUUCUCAUCUCAAGGACCACUGCAAGAACAAUUCUUGUAAAGUAAUAGACAGCUGUACAAUAGAAGUCUUCACUAAUGCUACCCAAGAAGGAAUUCGCUUCAUUUCAUCUAAUGUUUGUGGGCCUCAUGGACGAUGUAUUAGUCAGCCAGGAGGGAAUUUUACUUGUGCCUGUGAAAGAGGUUUUACUGGAAUAUACUGUCAUGAAAAUAUCAAUGAUUGUCUUGGGAAACCUUGCAAGAAUGGUGGGACGUGCAUUGAUGAAGUUGAUUCAUUUAGAUGUUUCUGCUCAAGUGGCUGGGAAGGAGAAUUGUGUGACACAAAUUUCAAUGACUGUUCUCCUAAUCCAUGUCACAACGGUGGCCGAUGCAUUGAUUUGGUAAAUGACUUCUAUUGUGAGUGUAAGAAUGACUGGAAAGGCAAAACUUGCCAUUCACGUGAAUACCAAUGUGAUGCGAAUACUUGUAGCAAUGGUGGAACGUGCUAUGAUGAUGGAGAUACAUUCCGCUGUUCAUGUCCUCCAGAAUGGAUAGGAAGUACUUGCAACACUGCUAAAAACAGCAGCUGUAUUCUAAACCCUUGCAUGAAUGGUGGAACAUGUGUUGGCAGUGGAGAUUCCUUUUCUUGCAUCUGCAAAGAGGGAUGGGAAGGACGUACAUGCACACAGAACACCAAUGACUGCAACCCUCAUCCAUGUUACAAUGGAGGCAUCUGUGUUGAUGGUGUGAAUUGGUUUCGAUGUGAAUGUGCGCCUGGGUUUGCUGGCCCUGACUGCAGAAUUAAUAUUGAUGAAUGCCAGUCUUCCCCUUGUGGAUAUGGUGCCACUUGUAUUGAUGAAAUAAAUGGAUACCGAUGCACUUGUCCCCCUGGAAGAAUUGGUCCUAGAUGCCAAGAAGUGAUUGGAAUUGGAAAGCCUUGCUGGCUUAAAGGAAUGACCUUUCCCCAUGGCAGCAGAUGGGAUCAAGAAUGCAACAACUGCCACUGUUUGGAUGGCCGUAUUGACUGCACCAAGGUGUGGUGUGGGAAAAAACCUUGUCUGUUACACAAACACUGGGAUAAUUCAAAUAACCAGUGUCCCAUGGGUCAAGAAUGCCAGGAGAAGUAUAUGAAAUGUUUUCAGCCACCAUGCACAGACUGGGGAGAAUGCGGUGCCUCUGAACCUCUGCCUGCCAAUAUCAAGUGUCUGCCUAAUUCUGGGUACUUGGACAAUGACUGUGCUAGAAUUACUUUAAUUUUUAACGGAGACAAAGUCCCUCAGGGCACUACAACUGAAAAUAUCUGUUCUGAAAUUCGGUAUUUACCAGCUACUAGGACUGUUUCUAGGGACAGAACUCUGAUAAUACUAUGUGAUCUGUCUUACUCCACAGAGAAUGCAGUGGAAGUUGCUAUUUCUUUUGUUCCACAUCAAGAUGAACAAGAUAAUAGUCUCAUACAGAAUGCUGCUAAUACAAUAGUAAAUGCAAUCACUAAGCGGCAAAACAGCACUGUUAUGUUGGCAGUAACUGAAGUCAAAGUAGAAACCAUCGUUGUUGGGAAUUCAUCAUCAGAUUAUUUGGUUCCAAUUCUUUGUGCAGUAUUUAGCAUUGUAUGGCUGACUUGUAUAAUCAUCUGCGUGUGGUGGACUCGGAAGAGAAGAAAAGAGAGAGAGAGAAGAAGUCCUCCCAGAGAAGAGGGUGCCAAUAACCAGUGGGCACCUUUAAAUCCUAUAAGAAAUCCUAUAGACAGAUCUUACAGUAACAAAGACAUUCGUUAUGAAUGCAAAAACUUCAUAUCCCCUCAAAAAAGAACUUGUGAUGCAGUAGAGGAGUAUGUAGAGUAUGAGGAAGAGGAGGAUGAAGAGGAGGAAAGAGAUGAGGAAAUGGACAAAUUCCUCUCUCACAAACUUGCGAAGCCUUUGCCAACAAAGGCAUCUGACACAUCAGAGAGCAGUCCAGUAAAGAAAUCCCAUCAAAUAGGCAAAAUGGACAACAGAUCUGUAAAAAAUGUGAAUGCAUCAAACUUUGAAGGCAGUAGAGACUAACCUGUAUUUGGAAUGUAGGCAGAGUGCGCCUACACUUACUGGGGAGGAGAAAAAUUGACAUCUCCACUUUGCAUCAAGGACUAAAAAUAUCUGGAGUCAAAUGUUCAUAGUUUCUUUAUUUUGCGUAAAAAAAAAAUAAAUAAAAAUAAUAAAUAAAAUUUAUUUUGUUUCUUUAGCCUUGUAUAAAUUAUUCAAUGACUGUCAGAUGAAAAAAAUGAGUAAUCUUUGAUAGUUGCUAUUUUUGUAAAGUUUACUUAUAAUACACUCGCUGUGUGGCAGAGGAGAGGUUGUAUUUUCAAUAUGUGUAAAGUUUAUUACAAAAGACUGUACACUGUUUACAGAAUGUAUUUCUUUUUAUUACU